AUGGCCAAUCUACUCAUCAAAAUCAGUAUCGCAGCCAUCGCCCUCCUCGCAAUCCUCUUCCAGAUCUAUCUCAAAGAAGCAAUAUGGCUUGGUUUCGGCAUAAACAGAACCAUCCAGCCGCUCAGCUCAUUCCCCUACCAAUGCCGUAAAAUCGUGCAUCAUCGUCUUGAAGCAUGCGAGGACAUGUACUUAUCCCAAUCCACGCGCCAAUUGUUCCUCGCGUGCUCAGAUCCAAUUGCACGAAAGCAAUGGCAACCAAAUGUUGGGUAUCGCAAUAUUUCGGGUCGAUCGCAACGCGAUGCUAUUGUUGCGUUGGAUAUCGAUAAGCCGGUUGAUAACGGCUUUGAGUUCCGCGCGUUGAGAACACCCGUUUUCGAGGGCACUGCUGGCGAUGGACUGGUCAACCUCGCUGGCUUCUCUGGCGUUGAACAAGCUAAUGGUGUCAUUGAUCUAUUUCUCGUCAAUUUGCGACCUUCGGUUGAUGCAGACGGAAAGCUGGCAGAUCAAUAUGUUCAUGGUGGAAAUGCCACUAUCGAGCACUUUGUCACUGGCCCCGAUGCUACCCAGAUGAACCAUAUCCGCACUUACUCACACGCAGGAAUAGUUACGCCGAAUCGUGUUGCGGCGUUGGAUGAUAAGACGUUUUAUAUCAGCAAUGAUCACGGCCCUCAUAAAUUCGGCUGGCGCCAUCAUCUGUCGAUGAUUCUAGGCUUCUCCGACGUGGCUUUCUGCGAUACUCGAAGCUGCAAACGCGUUGCAUCCAAGCUCCAAUUCCCCAACGGCCUCGUCAUAGAGGAUAGCAUCCUUUACCUCCCCGACUCGAUAACAGGCCGUCUAUACAUCUACCGCAUCCUUCCCAACAGAGAUCUCGUAAAGGUCGAUGAAGUUAACCUAGGCUAUGGAGUUGAUAACGCGUCGGUCGAUGAAAAUGGUGAUAUCUGGAUCGCUGCGUUUCCUAUCGGCGUUGAGAUCUUCAAGGCAUACGAUGAUCCUUAUAAUGCUCACCCGCCCAGUACUGUCCUGAGAGUGAGGAAAGUUAAAGGGGAGUAUGUUGUUGAGAAGAUCGUUGAAGAUGCGAAGGGGGAGGUUUUGCCGGCAGCUACGACGGUUGUGCAUGAUGCUAAGACUGGAAGGCUUUUUCUGAGCAGCGUCAUUUCACCGUUUAUCGCUGUCUGCGAACCAAAGUUGUAG